AUGACCACUGCCUCCACCAGCGAUGGCGUGGAUGACCCAAGAGGAUCCUUUGGACUGAGCCUCCUCUACGCUCCCUCCGAGCCUCUCAUCGACUUCAUUUUCGUGCAUGGGCUUGGCGGUGGUUCGAGGAAAACAUGGAGCAAGACAAGCUCAAUUACACACUAUUGGCCGCAGGAAUGGCUUCCUAAAGAUUCGGCAUUUGAGAAUGUACGAAUGCAUAGCUUCGGGUAUGACUCAGACUGGGUCAAGGGCAAGGACAACUGCCUGAACAUUCAUCACUUCGGCAAGUCUUUACUUGGCGAAAUGAGCACGUCACCAUAUCUAAGCCAGGCAAAUACGGCAAUAGUGCUCAUCGGGCAUAGUAUGGGAGGCCUGGUUAUCAAGAAAGCCUACAUGCUCGCAAGGCAAGGUGCAGCGUACAAGGACUUGGCCGAACGCGUCCACACAAUCUGCUUUCUUGCGACGCCCCAUAGAGGUUCUGACUCGGCCAAGCUCCUGAACAACAUUCUGCACUUUGCCUAUUCGUCCCGUGCCUACGUUGCUGACCUUGAGCGAGGCUCCGGAGCUGUCCAGUCUAUCAAUGAUGAGUUUCGCAACUAUAGUGCUGACGUAGAUCUCUGGUCGUUCUACGAGACACAAAAGCUCAAAAUUGGGAUCCUUAGCACGCUCAUCGUUGAUCCCGACUCGGCCACGCUAGGUUAUCGUGAAGAAAAGCAAAUACCGAUGAAUGCUGAUCACCGUUCAAUUUGCAAAUUUGAGACACCGACAGACCCCAACUACGUAGUCAUUCGCAACGCGCUUGCGUCCAUGGUUCAAACUACCUCCAACCUAGUGCUGAGAUCGAAAGAGAGAACACGGCACAUGCAGAUCAAGGACCUGGAACAAUACCUACAGAUACCUGAGAGAUCAGCAGAUGACCUCGUCGCCAGCGAAGAUGCCCGUAUGGCGGGAACCUGCGAGUGGUUUUCAGCGAAAGAAAGCUACUUGAGAUGGAGUACCUUUGCUCUAGAAGCUCCAAGUGUGCUCUGGGUCACUGGAAAACCGGCGGCUGGCAAGUCUGUUCUCGCAGGCUAUGCAGUUGGUCAUUUAGAAAACCUCAACGCAGACUGCAGCUACUUUUUCUUCAAAUACGGCGACAAAUCUAAGUCGCGGCUUAGUGCCUGUCUUCGGUCUCUGGCUUUCCAAAUGGCUUGUACUAACACCCAGGUGCGAGACACGCUCUUGGAGAUGCAGGAAGAUGGUAUGAGAUUUGACAAGGAUAACGAACGCACUAUAUGGCAUGCACUGUUCCUGCGUGGCAUUUUCCAGAUGGCAAUUCCAGAGCAAUACUGGGUCAUUGAUGCGCUAGAUGAAUGUACAAAUUACGUAUCAUUUUUCGAUUCAAUGCUGGCGAAGCUUGACCAGUCCACACCGUUACGAGUUUUGAUCACGAGCCGAGAGACUCCUAAAUUGGCCAACCAUUUCUUAAGUCUCGGCACUCAUCGAUUUCAGCAUGAAAAGAUCUCAACAGCGGAUACUCUGCCUGACAUUAAGCUUUUGGUUGAGGCGAAGGCGAAGUCUAUAACUUUGAAAGACGACAAGGAUCGUGCUACAUUGGUAGAAAAGAUACUGGCGAAAUCGGAAGGAUCUUUCCUGUGGACAGUCUUGGUCAUUAGUGAAUUGUCCAAUUCCUACGGUGAGCAAGAAAUAAGCAAAGCUCUCAAGGAGAUUCCUAAGGAUAUGGAACCCUUAUACCAUAGGACACUGGAAUUGAUGACGCAAGCCCCGGGUGGGAAGAAGCUCGCUAAAGCUAUUCUCACCUGGACAACAUGUGCAACAAGGCCAAUGACAAUGAAGGAGCUUGAAGGCGCUCUGACAUUGGACAUCAAGGAUAAUUUUCCUAAACUUGAGGAGUGUAUCCAGGUACUUUGUGGCCACUUUGUGAAUGUUGAUAAGUUCGGCAAGGUGCAGAUGGUGCAUGGAACGGCCAGAGAAUUCCUAUUGAGCGAUGACUUGGAAUCCGAAUUCGCUGUCAACAAAACGGAAGCACACACGAGGCUUGCUAGAGCAUGUCUCACGUAUCUCACGGGGGAGGAGAUGAGACCUCCUCGGACCGGCAGACGUGGUUCUGCCUUGGACAUCGCGGGCAAAAGGGCCAAAUUUUCAAUUUACGCCUGUAGCGCAUUCUCGUAUCAUCUAGCCAGGGCUAGCCCCUUUGCCAACGAUGUCUUCUUUCUUGUCGACAAAUUCUUGAAGGCAAAUGUCCUGUCAUGGAUCGAGUUCGUUGCCCGAACACAUGAUCUCAUCCCUUUAAUUCGCGCCGCGAAGCAUCUUAGGGCAUAUCUCGCCUCAUGCGCUACCGAAAGGUCACCGUUUGACCGGUCGGUGCAGACGAUCAGUGGCUGGACAACAGACUUUGUCCGCAUUGUUGCGAAGUUUGCUGAUGCUCUCACAAUGUCACCUUCAGCGAUUUAUUCCCUGAUCCUGCCAUUCUGUCCUACGGAGUCUGCAAUUCACAAGACUGCAAACCAUGGGCGGAAGCUCUCUGUGGUAGGUCUCUCAAAUGCUCAGUGGGAUGACCGGUUGUCUUGCAUCGACUUUCAUGAAGGCCAGACCAGCGCCAUUUGUCACGGAGAUGAUUUCUUUGCAGUCGGCUUGACUACUGGAAUGGUUGCCUUGUACCAUGCGACGUCGUUUCAGGAAUACAAGAUGAUAAAUCAUGGUGAGUCUGUGAGAAUUCUGCGAUUCAAGAGCAAGACGGGAUUGAUGGCAUCUUGCGGAAUAAAGGCGAUCCGGAUCUGGGACACCUACACGGGCGAAAUUAUCCACAAGUUCCAUGCCCCUCAACGCUUUAUGGAUCUCGCCUUUGACCAGAACUUUCUAAUAGCUGCGUCAUCGAAAAACUACAUUGCGUCAUGGGAUCUCGAUAAUGCCGGUGCCCAGCAACAUAACAGGCCAUGGAGUGACUCAGGUGAGUUCUUGGACACGCGGUUACAUCGUACACCGUGUGCUAUAUCCAUCGCCGUGAGCCACAAAAUGAUGGCUGUUGCUUAUAGCGGUCGACCGAUAAUACUCUGGGACCUUGAGGAAGAUGCAUAUUACGGUAGCUGCGGCAAGAAGUUGGCUACUGGCGAGACGAGUACACAUAUGGUCACCGCCAUCGUUUUCAACCCAAACCCAAAUAUCGGCCUCAUCGCAUCAUCUUAUCUCGAUGGUGAACUCGUACUCAUUGAUCCGUUUGAUGAUCACGAGUUGGAGAGCUUCCGCGCAGACUGCCAUACGCUCGCUGCCAGCCCGGAUGGACGCUUACUCGCAGGUGGCGCUGGGGGGGGAACAGUCCAGGUCUAUGAAUUUGACACGCUGCGAUUGCUCUACCGGGUCAAGUCUUCCAACGUCUACAUCAAGCAACUGGCUUUUAGCAGAGACAGCCUCCGGUUCUCUGACAUUAGAGGGUCACAUUGCAAUGUCUGGGAACCUGCAGUCCUGCUACGGGACUCUUUGGGUGACUCAAGUAGCGAAGGCACAUCAACCUCAGUCGUCGAUGUGGUCUCUUCAGAUACUAAAGCCAGGAUAAGUGCUAUGGCUAUACAUCCCAAGGGAGAUGCAGUGUUCUGCGGUAAGGAUGAUGGGACCGUUUCCUUGUACGACCUCAAAACUGGAACCGAGAUACGAGUGCUCUACCGCCAUAAGUCCCUGGUCCGUAUCCUCACCUUGUGGCCUCAAGGCGAUAUUAUCAUGAGCGUCGACGCGUCAAACGGGCUCCUCGCGUGGAAAUUGCAAAUGUCGCAGAAGGAGGGAUGGGUCACCGAAAAACUAGUGUUCCAGUCUCGCCUGGACUGCGGAAAGGCUAUCAUCCAGGUCUUACCAGGCGCGACAGCUGGCAAGUUCAUCAUGUCAACCCGUCAAUCAGACCACCUUUGGACUACUGACGGCCAGCAGGAGGAUGAGAGAACUUAUUCGGACACGAUAGGGAUCCGAAAGUGGAUACAGCACCAGCAGUCGCCCCUCCACAUGAUUUGUAUUGAAGGUGCAGUCGCUCGAAUCUACACCUGGACGGACUGGUCAGAAGUAGCGUGUGUACAUCUUAUAGCUGACAUAAGGGGACUCCAAUUGAAGAGCGCCACCCCUUAUACUUCAGGCCGUCGAUGCCAAGUCCUCGUCGAGCUCUGCGAGCUGGAUGGCUCGCCAGAUACACGCGGCCUACAGCUCCUCGAUUCCGUCUAUUUCAACAAUUUCGAGGAUUUCUCGCGGAAUGGAAGCAUUGCCGAGGCAGCCACAGAGAGUCAAGACGUGGACAAGGUCUCAACAACAACAACCACAACAAGAACAAUAGAAGAAACCGCCGCCACGGAUACGGCAGUCUCGACCCCGCUUCUGCUCGUCCCUCAGCUCGCGGCCCUCGCCCGCCGCGUCGCUCACGUUAUCGGCCUCGGCAAUAAUGACGCCAACCAGCUCGUCUUCCUCGACACCCACUCCUGGGUCUGCUCGGCCGAUCUCGAGACCCUCAAGAGCCACAACGGUUCGGUCAUCACGUACUCGAGGCAUUUCUUCGUGCCGUAUGACUGGUUUGCCGGAACGAGGGACGUGGUUUGCGCGGUCGCGCCGCGGCGCGACGUGUUGUUUGCCCGGAAUAACGACCUCGCGGUCAUUAGGGGCGGGUUGGAGUAUGUGGAGAAGGUCGAUGCGGAUGUAUAG